AUGCAGGCAACGCAGAGAGGAGCCAGCGGUGGUGGUGGUGGCAGUGGCAGUGGUGGCAGCAGUGGUGGCAAUGGUGGUAUUGGUGGUGGAUGUGGCAAUGGUGGUAUUGGUGGUGGAUGUGGCAAUGGUGGUAUUGGUGGUGGAAGUGGCAAGGGUAGUGGUGGUGGUGUUGGUGGUGGGGGUGGGUGCAGCAGCCGCAUCACAGGGGAAGAAAGAGCAGGCCACAGCAUCCAGGACCAGACGAUUAUUCAGGCGCCUGAAGAGGCGGAGCCGGUAGCAGUAGUAGUCGAGGGAAGGUAUUUAGGAGCGGCCAUGGCCCACCCGGGUCAGUGCAAGGACGAGGCAUCGGGACUUGAGAAGGUGGUUCUCCGACAGGCUGGCGGCGCGACAGCGGAGGUGUUUUUCCAUGGCGGGCACGUCACCUCGUGGAAGCACGACGGCAAGGAGGAGAACCUCUUUAUGAGCAGCAAGGCCAUCUUCAAGCCACCCAAGGCGAUCCGAGGCGGCAUCCCAGUGUGCUUCCCUCAGUUCGGCCCGAUGGGACCGUUGGAUCAGCACGGCUAUGCCAGGAAUAGAUCCUGGUCGUUGGAUCCCGCAUCUCCCAACACGGACCCCGCCUCCCUUGAUCUGCUCCUCACGCCCUCCCCUGAAGACCUGCGCAUCUGGCCGCACAGCUUUGAGCUUCGAAUGAAGGUGGCGCUGGGAAGAGGAGGCGAGCUGCUGUCAUCCAUGCGUGUGCUCAACACUGACAGCAAGGCACUCUCCUUCACCUGCGCCCUGCACACAUACUUCCGCGUUUCAGACAUAAGCGAGGUGCGCAUAGAAGGGUUGGAGACGUUGGAUUAUUUCGACAACCUGGAUGCUCUCAAGAGAGUCACGGACCAAGGGGACUCGAUCACAUUCGACUCGGAGUUUGACAGAAUAUACUUGAAUACUCCUGCAAAGGUUGCUAUAGUGGAUCACGCAAUAAAGAAGACAUACCUCGUCAAGAAGGAUGGGUUCCUUGAUGCAGUGGUAUGGAAUCCGUGGGAGAAGAAGGCAAGGGCCAUGAGCGACAUGGGAGAGGGAGAGUACAAGCGAUUCGUGUGUGUGGAGGCAGCAGCAAUCGAGAAGCCGGUGCAGCUGAAGCCGGGGGAGGAGUGGCGAGCCGGUCAAGAGCUGUCAGUGGUGCCUUCGUCGUACCACAGUGGACAGUUGGACCCUACCGUGGUUACAAGGGGUUAUUAG